UUUAGCUCCGCCCCCGCCGAUGCAGCCGAAGGCCUUAUUGGCGCCUUCCUGCUUCCGCAGAUCUUAGGAGCCGCGGUGUAAUUGGAUAAAAGCCAGACUAGGGGGCGGGAUUCCAGGCCUGCAAGAUGGAGGAAGGUGGGAAUCCAGGAGGCCUGACUAAGAUGGUCCAUCUACUGGUCUUGUCGGGGGCCUGGGGCAUGCAAAUGUGGGUGACCUUCAUCUCAGGCUUCCUGCUUUUCCGAAGCCUUCCCCGACAUACCUUCGGCUUCGUGCAGAGCAAACUCUUCCCUUUCUACUUUCAUAUCUCCAUGGGCUGUGCUUUCAUCAACCUCUGCGUCUUGGCUCCACAACAUGCCUGGGCUCAGCUCACAUUCUGGGAGGCCAGCCAGCUCGGCCUACUGCUUCUGAGCUUCGCGCUGUCCACCAUCAACGCCCGCUGGCUGGAGCCCCGCACCACAGCUGCCAUGUGGGCCCUGCACAGGGUGGAGAAGGAGCGGGGUCUGGGCGGGGAGGUGCCUGGAAGCCACCAGGGCCCCGACCCCUACCGUCAGCUGCAGGGGCAGGACCCCAAGUACAGUGUCCUCCGCCAGACCUUUUUCCGCUAUCAUGGUCUGUCCUCCAUUUGCAAUCUGGGCUGCGUCCUGAGCAAUGGCCUCUGCCUUGCAGGCCUUGCCCUGGGCCUCAGGAGCCUGUAGCACCCACUUCCUCGCUGGCCCUGCCGAGGCCCCAAAUGUUAAUAAAACACUUCUUUGGAAA